GCUAGUGGCUGUCUCUGCCCACUGAAACUAACCCUUUUCUGCUUAUCAUCUUUCUAAAAUUCUUCAUUUCUCUCCACGCUCCCAGUCCCACUUGCAAUUUCCCUUAAACUUCUCUUCAACGUUUAGCUUCCUUCACAAAUGUUAACUGUUUAUUAACACUGUAAAAGUGUUUGGUUUUAUCAUGAGGAGAGAUGGACAAAGAAACUAACCAGGAAGCCGCCACCCCAUCUCUCCUCCCCCCGAAUAACAAACAAGACUCCCCCAAAAAGCCCUUCACUCCCACCAACGACAGAUUGAAGCGUGAUGAAUGGAGUGAAGGAGCCGUUUCAACGCUACUUGAAGCUUAUGAGAACAAAUGGGUGCUCAGAAACCGGGCCAAGCUCAAGGGCCAAGAUUGGGAAGACGUUGCGAGAUACGUUUCGUCGCGAGCCAACAACACCAAGUCUCCCAAAACGCAAACGCAGUGCAAGAACAAGAUUGAGUCUAUGAAGAAACGCUACCGAUCGGAGUCUGCUAAUGCUGAUGGAUCGUCCUGGCUUUUGUAUCCUCGCCUUGAUCUUUUGCUUCGUGGAAGUGCACAGCUUCCCCCACAGCCGCAGCCGCAACAGCUGCAGGGUCAACCGGUUAGUCCUGCUUUGAUGCUGCUUGAACCGGCGCCGCAGACAGUGCUGCCUCCGGUGGCGGCUCCUCUACUAACCGUACCAGCGGCUGCUGGAACCACUCAAAACUCACAUGGGUCCAAUGGAAUUGAUAGAGCUGCCAAGGAAGAUGGUGUGGAAACGAAGGUAUCAGACCAUUUAUCAGACAAGAAAGCAAUAGACACAGACAGCAGCACACCAGCUCUAUACAGUAGUGAAGAGGAGAAGAUAAGGGCGAAGAAGUUGAAGACGAAAAUGGAGAAAAAGAAGAGGCGAAAAAGGGAAGAAUGGGAAAUAGCAGAAAGCAUCCGGUGGCUUGCAGAAGUAGUGGUUCGAUCAGAAAAAGCAAGAAUGGAGACGAUGAGAGAGAUUGAGAAAAUGAGAGUUGAAGCAGAGGCUAAAAGAGGAGAAAUGGACCUCAAAAGAACAGAGAUUAUUGCCAAUACUCAGCUUGAGAUUGCAAAGCUGUUUGCUUCAACAAGUGGAAAAGGGGUUGAUUCUUCCCUAAGGAUUGGAAGAAACUGAAAUCAUAAUUUUAGUAAAUAAGAAGUAUAAAUUUUGGAUAAGGAUCGGAUAAUCUUGAUUAACUUUCCCUCCCGUACAAUGAUCCACUAAUUAAUUAUAUAAAUGUAAUUUAAUGUUACUUAGCCUUGUGUACUGACAAUGAUGAGGAAGAAUGGGAAAUCUUAAGAAUGCAUUGGUAGCC